UUUAAUUUAUCUGUGCUAAGUGCUCUGUUACCUUAUUUCCAAAUGAAAACUGUGAUGAAAUUCUAAAAAAAUGCAUGCAUGGGGAUUAAUAUAUAGAUCCCAGAAAUUUCAGGAAUGAAUUUUUGGCCACUGAUGCUUGAUUGUUCAGCAUUAUUGGGAUGUUGUGGAUUUAUUACUCCCUCACAUUGCACUAUUUUUCUAUAUUUACAGGACCCCUCAAUAUUACUAGUAGCAUAGCCAAAUGGAAAUAUGACAUAAACUCCUUGCAGAUUUUCUCAAAGUUGCAGAUAUUCGUACACCAGAAUGAUCGAUUUGGGAACCUUGUACCAGGUUUCUAUCCGUUUGAUGCUCAAGUAGUACAGAAGGCUACAGGAUUGUCAGUUCCAGUGGGAGAUUUGUCAUUUCAGGAGGUGGAUUAUGGAAUUCAAUUGGUUUCUUUUGCUGUUUCAGAACCAGGAGAUUUUAUGAUAACUAUAUUUAAUUCCAAGUUGAACGAAAGCAUCUACAGUUUGCCUUACACAGUUUUUGUAGGUAAUUGCCAUGGAUUAAACAGUUUCGCUAAUGGAUCUGGUUUAAUUAGUUCUGUUGCUGGUAGAUUGUCAUGGUUCACAGUUUACUUGGAGGAUGCAUAUACGAAUCCUUCUCCAGUUGAGGCAGAACAACUUUAUGUAGAAAUUCGUAGUAGAAAUUUUAACAUCAUGAUCCGACCUAUCAUACAUCCAUUGAAAAGUUUUAAUGGGACAUAUCGCGGCCCAGUUUCUACACCAACUGAUAUUUUGAUGGGGACUUCAGGAUUUGUACAUUCGACGACAUCUAAAGGGAAUAGGACUUUUAUUGGGAAAUAUACUGUUCAGGCAAGCGAGUUUGGCAUCACAUAUAUUCCUGAAAAAUCUGGAGACUAUGAGAUAAGGCUAUCCUGUGGGAAUAUCCCAUUAAAUGAUGCCAUUUCUUACUCCAUGAAAGUAUUGCCAGGAUUAGUUGACACUGUGAAGUCAAAGGUUGUUAACUCUGAAUCAGAAGUUAGAAGUAUUGGAAAAAUUGAAAUAUUAGUGGAGCUUGUAGAUUCAUUCUGGAAUUAUGUACCAUCACAAGAAGCAAAUUUGAAAUUGCAACUUCAAGGCCCUAACAACACAAGUCUUUUGAAAACAACUUUUAUUGAGAGUAAAGAUGGCCUAUAUAUUGGCUAUUAUUUACCAACUUCUCCAGGGAGUUUUAACAUUUGCGUCUCAUUUGAAGACAAAAUUCUAUCGCCUUGUCCCGUCAAAUUUCAUGUGCAUGAGAGUAAGUACUUUCCAGAAGCUAAUAAUGACAGUGUUUCCGUUUGGGAGGACGAAUCAGUUGUUUUUGAUGUAUUAUUCAAUGAUUAUGCUUCAGAUGGACAAGCUAGCCUAAGUGAAUUUUCUAAACCACUUCAUGGAUCACUCUUACUAGUUGGGAAACUUUUCAGAUAUACCCCUUUUAAAGGAUAUUUUGGGAAUGAUUCCUUCUUGUACAACAUCACUGAUUCAAAUAACAAUGUUGCUAUAGGUGCUGCUUUCAUUUCUGUCCUUUGCAAACCGCCUCAAUUUGUUUCUUUACCUCUUCGACUUAAUGUGACUGAAGAUGUGUUGAGUCCUCAGUUUGGAGGCUUUCCCGGUUUUGAAAUACGGUAUUCGGAUAAAAUGGAAAAUAUUUCUCUUACGAUAAGUGCGAAGUUUGGUUCUGUUUAUUUAGCUCCGAGUCAGAUUGGAAUUUUUGAACCAGUGGGCGGUAUGCUUUCAGUUAGGAGAGGUGGGAGGGCAGGGAAGGACUUGGUCUUAACGGGGCCGAUUGAAGUUGUUAAUUCUGCUCUUCAGUUGAUUCAGUAUCUCAGUAAUGAAAACUUCUAUGGAGACGAUACUAUCAGUUUGUAUGCGACCAAUAAAAAUGGAUUACUAGAUUCUCAUGUGCCGGUUUUUGUUAAGCCGAUUAAUGAUCCUCCAAAGAUUCAUGUGCCCAAGUUCAUAACACUCGUGGGGAAGGAAGCAAGUGAUGGUUUUCAAAUCUUUGAUAAACAAAGAGAUAUCUUUGAAUUCUCAAUCUCUGAUAGUGAUAUCUUUCAUUACACAGGUAAUAAGUCUCACUUGGUGGUCAUGUUUUCUGUGGAAGUAAAUGAUGGGCUUCUAUCAACAACUCUUCCUGUUCAUCUAAUCAAGACUUCUGAAUUGAAGAUUAAAAGCAGCAACCAAUGGCAACCUUUGCAGACGUUUGUAACCAUUGAUAACCAAUUUGUUAUCAAAGGAAGAGGAGUUCGAUUCCAAGGGACAAUUAGGGAUUGUAAUAAUGCAAUGCAACGACUAUUUUUUCAGGGCACAAAUCUUGAUGCACUGUUGACCAUCACCGUUAAUGAUUUGGGGAAUUACGGCUGCUACUUGGAUUGUACGGAUAUCAUUUCAUUUCCACUCUCCGUGGAGGUCAGCGUGAGUUUACUCAAAAGAAGGCCGUUGACUUCAACUACAGCUUUUUUGCUUGGAUCUGCCAUAUUUUUUGAAAUUGCAACGUUGUUUCUUCUGGGCAGUAUACUUCUAUUCUUCAUCUUUAAAUGCAUGGUAGCACUUCAUACCGAAAGAAACAAUGGUGAUAACCCCAGACAGGAGCUUACUGAAAAUCAUAAUGAGAAGAUUGAUAUUUUACCAUUCCAGAAUGCAAUGAAUUUGAAUAGAACAUCGACUGGUUCGCUAUCAACCCCACUUAACUUCUCGAGGAGGUCUUCGAAAUUUUGUCGAAGAUCCGGUCGAAGAAUUCGUCCGAAGCAAUCUGAAAUGCCACUAUCAGUAUCAUGUGCUUCCAACAAUUUGAAGGUUAGUUCUGCAAAUAUAGAAUUGCAAACGAAGCCUCAGAGCGAUUGAAGCAGUGUGCCUCUAACUAUUUAGAUCUUUGUAAUACAAUCACUCUAUUUGGACUGUAGUUAUGUUUUU